UCUGGGACACGUUUCAGCCUUUGCAUACACGGCGGCGUGUCUAUCCGUGUGUAAACGGUGCUCGUGGAGCCAACCCUGGUUACCCCCCGAUGUGCAGGUGGUAGGGAUGUGAUUCGAUUUCGCGAGUUUCUCAACGGAGGAAAAACACCGGUGGCUCAGCCGAAAAGCAAAGCCUUGCCGAGGCCAGUCGCACGUCACAUCAGCAAGAGGAAAGACGACGCGCGGCUCCGUUGCAGUUGAGGAGAAUUUUUCCAUUGUCGUGCAGCGUGACGUAGAGUCGAGUCGAGCUUUUUUUUUUUCGUUUGGCCUCUCCUUCGACAUCGGUGAUUCUCGUAGCAGGGAAACAAAGUUUGGUAUUACAGUCGCGCGCGAGAGUCGGUGGUGAAAGUCGAGCUUUCGGACUAAUCGGACAAAAAUCUGUUUAUGAGAAUAUUGUAAAACCGGUGGAGUGGUGCGGAGCUGAAUUAUAACGCCAAGGCACUCUCGAACUCUCAAGAACGUGAACAAAGAGUGCGCGAGCCAAGCCGAGGACAAGUUCAUAAGAAUUGUUAUCGCUGUGGAAACAAACUAUCAACGCAACAACGAUGGUGCAGAGAUAAAUUCGUACGACGGUUCCACCGAGGACAAACGGCGCGGAACAAGGCUCGCUGGUCCGUAUGCGGGAAAACGUUUCUACGGCAGGUUGAUUUCGAUUACCGGCAAAGAGAAAGUGGAUAAAAAAUGAACGGUUGAAACAGGACGUCGCAAGGAACGGUCGGAUCACGAUAUAAUGCAUUCGCUCGGGUACGCUGUGAAAAAAGCUUCUUCGCCAAAUGAGAAGCCAGAGGAAGAUGCAAUGACGUCCGAAAAAGUGCGCUCAUGAAACCCGUGGAUUGGUGAUAAGAGAGAUUGAUAAAAGCGUAAGAAGAAAAAGGAAUAGAAAAAAAAAAUACAAUGCAGAAUCCGGAAAGCAUCGGCAUCGGUCAGUCCGGUUUGUUGUCCAGCAUCAUGUGCAAAGGAUGCAACGUCGACAAGAGUCCCAAGUCCUUGAACGAGGCGAUCGUGGAUGGAUCGAGCCUUUCCAAGAGUGAAAUCGGGGCGGUAUUUCCGUCGGUUUCGCCCGUUUCGCCGGUUUCCCGAUCGGCGGCGCCACGUUACAAUCGAAACUCGCAGAAGAAGCCGUACGAGCAAAUGCCAAGGCUGAACGCAACGGCGGCCGUUUCGGGGUGCCGGCUGUCGGGAAGCGGGCAAAUUAUACCGGGAAUGCAGGAAUGGAACCUUCGCCUCGAUCAGGGCAGCGACAAGGACUCCGAGAGCAGUACGAGCGGCGUCGUUGAUCCGGUUCUCCAGAGUCCGCAGGGGAAGAACGAGGCCUCGAGGACGCCGCCGCGGCAUCGAAACCGCCAGAAGAAGCCUUACGCGCCAACGGCGACGACGAAACCGGGUCAGGGGUCACCCCCGUACGCGGGGGAGGGCUACCCCUCGUCACCCAUGAUAAAACCGGCCUACUCCUACAUCGCCCUUAUAACAAUGGCGAUCCUCCAGUCGCCGGAGAAGAAGCUGACGCUCAGCGGGAUAUGCGAGUUCAUUUCAAACCGGUUCCCGUAUUACCGAGAGAAAUUUCCAGCCUGGCAGAAUUCCAUCAGACAUAACCUCUCCCUGAACGAUUGCUUCCUUAAGAUACCGAGGGAGCCGGGAAACCCCGGGAAGGGAAACUACUGGACCCUGGAUCCCGACGCCGAGGACAUGUUCGACAACGGGAGCUUUCUCAGACGCCGGAAGCGCUACAAACGGCCGCCGCCGCACUACAUCCGUGACCGCGCAAUGAUGGCGUUCGCCAUUUGCAACGAACGUGGCGCCGCCUGUGCCGCGGCCGAUAUUCCGGGAGCGCUUCCCUAUCCAGCUUACCUUUCCCCGAUACCGGGACUCUCGCUCCUCGAAUUCGCCCCCGGCGCGCUCGAGGCCCUGAAAUUCCGGUUCCUCGAUCCCCCCGCGCCCCUUUAUAAACCCGUGCCGAUUUCCGCACCGCCGAUCAGAGAGAUCAACCCGCCGCCGAGGACCGUCAUGUCUCAGGUGCCGGCCGUCGUUCAGGAGAAGAAGGGAAACUUCAGCAUAGAGGCGCUGAUCGGCGAUCAGCCGACGAGCGAACAGUCCAACGGAUGGGUUUUGGACCUUAGGCAGCCCGCCGACGGGUGCAAAAUACGCAGGGCAGGUCAGGCUUCGGCAUUCUCGCGGGUUCGUUAGAACCUCGAAUGCCGCUCGUCUUUCGAUUGAGUUUUUCUUUUAUUCCGCGCGGACGGGUUCUUCGAAUUUUUUUUUUUUCAAACUCUCCACUUUAUCGUUGUAACGAAAUUCGCGGGACAAUUCUUGUCGCGGUUUUCA